GCCGUGGGCUUGUUGGACAGCUUUUUUGACACUGUUCUGCUAGAGAAUUUUCAAGAUCAGUGAUGGGCUUUUAGAUAUGAUUGUGUUCUUUGCGGCUCCUGUUGCCUUUUAGCAGGAAAGAGUCACACCCAACUGCAACGUAAUGCCUCCACUUUUCAGUGUUUUUUCAAACAUUUUCUUCUGCUGCUUAUCUAAAAGGACAACAGCAGUCAUCGAUAAGACGGAAAAGUCAAGGAGUACGGUGUUUCUAAGCAAGGACAAAGACCGGCAAUGACGGAAGCUGGAGACCUGCCAGAGAAAAGGAGAUGGUGUCGUUCCUGUCGCAGUUGGUUCCUUGUCAUCCUGGUGCUGGGAACCGUUUUCUUUUUCUACAACACAAACAAAGAGCAAAUGCUGUUCGAUUUGAACCCCAAAACAUUGUGGCGUCAAUUGAAAAACCCGAAACAAAGUGGAGCUACCCACCCAGCUGGUGUUAACACGAGCACACCUGCAUCUAAAGGAACUGUGACUGCACUUCUUCAAAAUGAGAACAUCACAUUGUCAAUGGCAACAGGCGCGAAUCAAACGACUACAAACGCUUCAUCGGCCCAACAAACAAUGUCACCGCUGCCAACACCCAACCCUCUGAGCCCGUACAUAGUGGAAUACCCCUACGAGUACCACUUUAUCAUAAACGAGCCAGAGAAAUGCAAGCAGGAGAAGCCUUUCGUGGUCCUCAUGGUUCCAGUGGCGCCCCACAACAGGGCGCACCGUGACAUCAUCAGGAGCACCUGGGGAGGCGAGAGUCUUGUUCACGGCAAAGUGGUGAUGCUGUUCUUCCUGUUGGGCAAGCAAUCCGGAGAUGGAGCACCACAGCUCCAGGAGCAGCUGCUGAAGGAGAGCGCCGAGCACCGAGACCUGAUCCAGAGCGACUUCCUGGACUGCUACAAGAACCUGACCAUCAAGACCAUGGUGAUGCUGGAGUGGCUGGACGCCCACUGCUCCGCCGGCGUCUCGUACGCCAUGAAGAUCGACUCGGACAUGUUUCUGAACGUGCCCAAUCUCGUCAACAUGCUGUUAACCGCUCCGAAGACAAACUACAUGACGGGACUCGUGGCCAGAGGAGCCGCGGUCCUGCGAGAUCCAAAGUCAAAGUGGUUCAUACCUGUGGAGCUUUUUCCUCAUCCGCAGUACCCGCGUUACGCUCUGGGUCUGGGCUACGUUUUGUCUCUCGACCUCCCUAAAAAGCUCGUAGGGGCCUCCAGACACAUCACUGCUCUUUACAUUGAGGACGUGUAUUUGGGGUUUUGUAUGGAGUACUUGGGCAUCCCUCCCACCGACCCCCCAAAUUGGAGAUAUUUUCAAGUGAAUCCUGUGUGGUACACUCGCUGUGCUUACUCUAGACUCAUUGCCACCACAACAUAUGAAAACACCAAUCGUGUGAGUGUUUGGAAAGACUUUAAAAAACCAGGUCCAUACUGCUGAUUGGAACUGCAAAGAUUAGUUGAUUAUUCGAUCUGUCAACUAUUACAUGUAUUAGUGUUGAGUCUCCUUAAUUUUCAAUGGAGAUUAAAAACUCUGAUACCAGUUUCUUAAAUGUGAAUAUUUGUCUCUCCUCUGUGACAGUAAACUGAAUAUCUUUCAGAUGUGUGAAGAACAAGACAUUUGAAGACGUCAUUUGGGGCACCGUUUUCUGACAUUUU